CCCAAUCACUCUUUACGCUAAGAAAAAAAACAAAAGCCUGUAGACGAGGCAGUUCAGGUGGCUGAACUAUAAGAGGAGAUGAAGAGUAAGCGAGUUUAUCCCCUAUACGAAUCUUAUUCCUAAGGUCAUCUCUCUUGAGUUAUUUUUAGAUCACUUCCGGCUUCAGAACUCCCGGGAGAACCUUGAAAUAGCCAAUCCUGUGAAAUGAAUUUUGGUGGACAGUUCAGGCGCCUUACACGCAAUUCCAUCCUCCACGAAACGCGCGUGGUAACAUUAUUAAGUACCAGGUCUAAAAAUAACUCGAGAGAGAUUACCUUGCGAAUAAGACCUAUACGAAGGAUAAACUCUUUUUCCCUUUCAUCCUCUGCUACUGCAUUAUAAAGGCGCUUGUUCGACUAAAAAAACAAGGUCCGCAAUGCGUACUUGUGAGCUUAUGCUUAGUUUGAUUCUAUUCGAUUGGAGUGUUGAUUUUAAAUGUCUGGGAGUUGAAUUGCUACAAGUUAGAAGGAAAUCACUAGAAAGAUAAAGGUGUAGAAAUACGUGACUCAAGUGAUUGACGAGUUUAACAUCAUAAGUGACAAAUCACUUUUAAUUUUGGCGCGAAAUUUCAGCGUUAAUUUAUAAUUUCACUUGUGAAAUUACAAAAUUGCUAUGGCAACGUUUAGCGCGAGAUGUCUCUACACAAUAAAAAAGUCAAAAACCCAAAAUUGUACGCGUAAUUUGUCACCUAUGAUAUUUAAAGGUAAUCAGCUGAUAUACUCGUAAAAUUAAGUAAUCAUUUCACUUGCGUUUUGUCUCAUGCUUAUUUGCAGUUUCUCUGCUGCAUACCAGUCUUUCGUGAAGACCAAGAAACCGCAACACCUCCGCCUGUCGAUAAUGCAGGCGCAAGAAAUUCUUCAGCACGAGUCCAAGUUUUACGCCAAAUAUGGUAGAAGACUGAGCACUGACGUGAGCACCAAUAACGUGAGUAACGCUGACUCGGACAAACAGACCGAAAAUCAGGCGUCACGCUUCAGUCACGCAAGCACCGGGACGUCUCCAAAGGCAGUUCAAAGCAGAGCAACAGUGCAACAGCUUAGCAUUGCUAAAACGGGUCACGUUAAAGGGGUAGGCUUAAAAAGAGAUCAAAGGGAAUCGAUUGUUUGCGAUGUCAAACGUGAGGAAAAUAUUGAAAAACGAGAUUAUACGAGUCACGAUCAACUACUCGCACCCGCUGUACUCGCACCAUAUCCGUCGCCUGCACGACGACACGACGACAACCCGACCGAUGCCGAUCUCGAUGCGGUUGAAAGUAGACAAAAGGGCCGAAGUUGUAUCAACGAAGGAAGCCGAGUAAUCGAGGCUCGACUGCAACCGAAGCAGGAAGAAUCGCUAAAAAGACAGAAAGAGAAAGAACAAACAGAAAACCACGAGAGAGAAAGAGUCAAGUUUCUCAAAGAACUGGAAGAUAAAGAGCGUCAAAAGAUUAUCACAGAAUACCUACACCACGUGUAUUCACAUCACGGACAAACACAACCUCAGACUGCUUAUAAGAAAGGUGAACACGACACACGCCCCUAUAAGGUGUCCAAACAGGGGCGUGUCUAUUCCAUGAGCACUCGACCACAAGAGGAACCUAGUCCUGAUGUACCCCACUUGAUCACAAGCCCCGCGCCCAUCUGGCACCAGACUGCUCGGGGUUCGCAGGGAGACAAGAAAAUCUCUUUCAGGGCAAAACAAGGGGUUACUGGCACCAAUGGGGUACGAUUCUUUAACGAGUGGAAUAACAGUCUGUUUACAGAUUAUAUUAACAGUUCAGAUGGGAAAGCGAAAAUGGGAAAAGAAAAGGACAAACUACAGGACCCAAGUUACUGGAUUGAACAACACCUUGACGGAGUCCUGGACGAGACAUCGGUCAGAAGAGGUCUACAGCACCAUCAGCAACUUAUACCAAGGGAAACUUGACCGAUGUUACAUGACGUAGUGCUUAAAACUGUUUUUACUCGCAUUAGUGGGGUUAAAGACCAAUGUUUUACAUCGGAAAGACUUUAAAUUUCUCACGAAUUCAAAGACUUUUCUAAAACAGUAUAUGAUCGUCCGAGAUCGAUUUUCUAACUUUUUUAAAAAUGUUGAAAAUAGUUUUCUCACCAAGAAAACUAAAAUGUUAAGCUAUAUUGAAUGAAACAACAAAGUAGAGUAUUUUUUUUUAACGGAGACUUGUAGAAUAAUAAGAAUUAAUCCACAAAAUGAAACAAGUUUUAAAGAGUCACUCAUUAAAUACAAUAAUCCAACAUCUUUAUUCAAUUUCUUCAAACCCAAUACAACCUCUAAGUUCAAAAUGGUAUGUUUUGUAUUUGAGAGUAAAAAUAAAUUACUAGCAUAUAUACACGAA